UGAAGUACAACAUGUCUGCAUUGUAAACAGUACUGCAAAUAUGUCUCUAGAAUACAAGACUAUCACAUAAUAUUCUGCAAUCAACGUUCGCCUGCGUAAGGUCAACACAGAUGAUGAUGAUGAUGAAGAAGAUGCAGACUGCUGCACGAUUCAGGUCUCAGUUGUGGAGUCUGAAGAUGCCUAGCCUCUGUCACAGAAGCUUUGCUGCCAUCUCCACUUACAAAGCUGUCAUUUUUGACAUGUAUGGAGUUCUCAUUCCGUCACCUGUCAAAUUGGCAACAGUGUUUGAACAGCAGAACAGUGUUCCUCUGGGCACGCUGGGCAAAGCCAUCAGGACAGGUGGGGAGGUGAAUGCGUGGAAGAGGUUCAUGCGUGGAGAGAUUGGGGCUGAGGAGUUUGUGGAGGCCUUCGGCAGGCAGUGCAGUGAGAUAGCAGGAAGUCCUGUUCCCAUUGGCUCAUUCUUGUCUAAUCUGACCAGUGGGCCAAUGACCAGGCCUCUACCCGUCAUGAUGGAGGCCAUUUUGUGUGCUCGCUCCAGGGGCCUGAAGACUGCUGUCCUCAGCAACAACUUCCUCCAGCUGAACGGUGACCCCUUCCUGCCUCUGGACCACUCUCUCUUCGAUGUGAUAGUUGAGUCGUGUAGGGAGGGCCUCAGUAAGCCAGACCCUAGGAUCUACCACCUGUGCCUGAACAGACUGGGUGUCUCUGCCCAUGAGGCUGUGUUUCUGGAUGACCUGGCGUUAAACGUUGAGGCAGCUGCCCAGCUAGGGAUGCAUGCUAUCAAGGUAGGGGACAUUGCAGUGUCAUUGAAGGAGCUGGAAGGGGUGCUGGGGAUCCCCCUGUCAGGGUUUGUUCCUGGGCCUGGUUCUGCCCCUGGGGCCACAAAGCUCCCUAUGGACCAACUCACACAGUACCUGAGGAAGGCUCUCCAUCUGUCUGACGAAGACUCUGUUGCUGUCCAACAACUCAACCCCAGUCAGUCAAACUCCUUAUAUCACUUGACCACUGGAGGGCGCCAUCUCCUCCUGAGGAAACAGCAGAAGAACUGCCGCGCCAUGGAGACAGAGUACAGGUUGUUGAAAUCUCUCAGUGGAUCCGGUAUCCCUAUUCCAGAGAUCAUUGAUCUGUGUGAGGAUCCAAGUGUCCUGGGUGCUCCCUUCCUCUUGAUGGAGGUCUGUCUAGGGAGGAUGUUCAGUGACCCCUCCCUGCCAGGCCUGACCCUUGGGGACAGGAGGGCCUUGUACCAAGCCAUGCAACACACACUUCGCCAGAUCCACUGUCUAGAUCCUAGAGCAGUCGGCCUGGAGGACUACGGCGAGCCAGUGGAUUACAUGGGGCUUCAGGUACAGUGGUGGACUCAGCAGUACAGGGACAGUGAGACUCCGCCCAUCCCAGCCAUGGAGAGACUCAUACAGUGGCUUCCUCUGCACCUCCCCAAACACCAGAGAUCUACGCUGAUCCAUGGAAGCUUCAGCCUGGAGAACCUUGUGUUCCACCCAGAGAAGCCAGAGGUGGUUGCGGUGAUGGCCUGGGGCCGUUCCAGACUGGGUGACCCUCUAACAGACCUGACCUUCAGCUGUAUGGCUCACUGCCUGCCCCAGGACAACCCUCUACUGACAGGUAUGUCUGACAGGGGCCUAGUCCAGCUGGGGAUCCCCACUGUGGAGGAAGUGAUGAGGCAGUACUGCAGCUCUAUGGGUCUGGAGGAGGGAGUCCCAGACUGGAACUUCUACAUGGCCUUCCACCUCUUCUGCCUGGCUGCCAGCCACCAGGGAGAGAGCAAGAGUACCAUUGCAGGUACCAGAACAUAG